CAUUCUGGUACUUUCACGUACCCGCCUCGCCGCAAGACGGGUCUAUACAACACGAGCCCGACGAAAUCGCCCGAAGCCAGAAAGGCGAGCAAAACUUCCACUUGACCUCUCCCCCUCGAGUCUACCGGCGAGUCUCUUCGUGCGGCGGCGGCGAUGGCUUCGUUCUCGGAGGCACCCCCAGGCAACCCGAAGGCCGGCGAGAAGAUCUUCAAGACCAAGUGCGCGCAGUGCCACACUGUUGAUAAGGGCGCCGGCCACAAGCAAGGCCCGAACUUGAACGGUCUGUUUGGGAGGCAAUCGGGUACUACCCCUGGUUACUCCUACUCCUCGGCAAACAAGAAUAUGGCUGUGAUCUGGGAGGAGAAAACUCUGUAUGACUAUCUGCUUAAUCCUAAGAAGUACAUUCCUGGAACCAAGAUGGUCUUCCCUGGGCUGAAGAAGCCACAGGACCGUGCUGAUCUCAUUUCGUACCUGAAGGAAGCAACCUCCUCUUGAAAGUGCAUGCUGCUAUAAUCUUGUCAUAUGAGGGAAUUCGUUUUACAGUACAAUAAAAAGAUUAGACGCUAAAGCCACUCUGGUUUAACGGGGUGUGAUCCACGAGACAGUUUGGUCUUUUGAAUUUCGUUCUUAUGGUAUGGGUUCCAUAUCUCUAGGUUUAGCUGGAUGAGUGUUCGACAAUCUUUUUAUUCAGCUGCUGGAAAAUCCCAGUAACGCAUAUUUUGACCACCAGGUGGCGGUGGGACUGGAUGCACCCAGAUCUUUAAUGUUUUGAUAUUAAGCUUGAAUGUUAAUUCUAUAAAUUGUCAAAUCUGAGUUUGAUGUUGAUCCUC